AGCCGGGCGAGGAGCGAGCGCGGCCGCCCGGAGCCGGCCGGAGCCCCGCGGGGAGGCAGCGAGGGGCCCUCGCCGAAAGCGCGAACAGAACACCCCCCACACCCCCGCCCCGCCGCCUCCGCCCGCCCCCAGCGAAGAGAAACAAAACAUAACCCCGGCACCGCCACGCUCUCCCUCCUUCUCCUCUCGGCUUUUGGUGGUUGUUUUUUUGGGGUUUUUAAAAUUUAUUUUUUCUUUUAAUUUUUUUUUCUUGGGAUUCUCCUCUCUCCUGCCAGACUGACUUACACGUUCUUGAUAAUUUCUCUUCCCCUCAUUUUUUAUACUCUUCUCCCUGCUUCCAAACCCUGUGUCUGUGUGUUUCAAUACUAUCACAACCUCUGCUAAAAAUAGAUCUUUUUAUACCCUUCCUCCUCUCUGACCCCAUCCAACACCCCUUGUUAAGGUAACUGUCUUACACUAAGAGCAAGAAAAGUAAAUUCACUUGGCUGUCCCAUAUCUCUAAGGAACCUGAUGCAUGAGUGGACUAGAGAAGAGACAGAGAGAAAAACUCCUAAGACCUACAGAUCAUCUGGCUGGCAGGGUCAAGUUUUCUUUGGAUUGAGGUGGAGCUGUGGCUUAUGGACAUCUGAUGUGAUAGAGCAUACUCAACACUUUUAGAUAUCUUGAGACUGCAAAAGCUGACCAUCAACAGCACGUUUUUAAAUAUCACUGCUCUUCAGACAAGUUGAUUAAGUGAAUAGAAGAAAAAAAUAAAAAAACGAAGCUACUUUCAAGUAUUGAAGCUACAAGGCCGGGAUGAACACGAAGGACGGAAAAAUGUCCGAAGGAGGUCUCAAUGUCACUCUUACCAUACGCCUUCUCAUGCAUGGCAAGGAGGUUGGAAGCAUUAUCGGAAAGAAAGGUGAGACAGUGAAGAAGAUGAGGGAGGAGAGUGGUGCUCGAAUCAAUAUUUCAGAAGGCACUUGUCCAGAGAGAAUUGUGACAAUAACAGGCCCAACAGAUGCAAUUUUUAAAGCUUUUUCUAUGAUUGCACUAAAAUUUGAAGAGGACAUCAACGCUUCGAUGACAAACAGCUCGGUGACAAGCAAACCGCCCGUAACACUGCGGCUCGUCGUCCCAGCAAGUCAGUGUGGAUCCCUCAUAGGAAAAGGAGGUUCCAAAAUCAAAGAAAUCAGGGAGUCCACAGGAGCCCAGGUGCAGGUGGCAGGGGACAUGCUGCCCAACUCGACGGAGCGCGCGGUGACCAUAUCCGGCACUCCCGACGCCAUCAUCCAGUGUGUGAAACAGAUCUGCGUGGUGAUGCUGGAGUCCCCACCCAAAGGUGCCACCAUCCCCUACCGUCCCAAACCUGCCUCUGCACCUAUCAUUUUUGCAGGUGGCCAGGUAAGAGCAGACACCAUUUUGGCUUCAGCUGGAAACCACACCGUCCUGGCCCAGCCUCAGCCAGCGCCUGCGUUCACAAUUCAGGGGCAGUAUGCCAUCCCUCAUCCAGACUUGACCAAGCUUCACCAGUUGGCUAUGCAGCAUCCCCCCUUUACUCCCCUUGGGCAGACCACCCCUGGUUUCCCUGGACUGGAUGCCACUACUCCAACCAGUUCCCAUGAACUUACAAUUCCCAAUGAUUUAAUAGGCUGCAUUAUUGGCAGACAAGGCAGUAAGAUAAAUGAAAUCAGGCAGAUGUCAGGAGCACAGAUCAAGAUUGCUAAUGCCACAGAAGGCUCCGCAGAACGACAAGUUACAAUCACAGGAUCCCCUGCAAACAUCAGCUUAGCACAGUACCUCAUUAAUGCAAGCUUAGAGAUGGCUAAAGUCAGCACCCAGACCGCUUCCGUCACGACCCCUGUUGACCUCAACAUGAACCUCUCUCAGUCUGCCACCCCUACCUCCACCCCCACCUCCAUGGCCGUGCUGGCGGCCGCCUCCGCCGCCUCCGUCAGUACCCCCCCUCCCCUACCAACUCUGCCAACCACCCACUAUGCCGUUCCUGUCUCCAGUCUGCUUGGCAUGAAAACUGUCCCACUCCUGGCACUAAAUGCCGCGGCCGCCGCGGGGGCCACGGGGAGUUUGUCCGCUUACACUGCCAAAAUUCCUUCGACGAGCGGGGUUAAGAAAUCUGACCGCCAGAAGUUUGCUCCAUAUUGAAGGGAUGAGACACAAUGCAAGCUUUGCCAGCUCUGCCAAGAGUCUGUGGUAGAUCCUAGUUAUCAAGGAAACAAUACGGCAUCUUUUAUUUUCUGUUCGAUUGCUAGUGUUAACUGUUGCCGACUCAAGUCGUCUUCCGCUCUCCAUAACACCUAACACCAGGCACCACCUUCCAACUAGUUCCAACAGCCAGCAGGUGCCAGCCCGGGCUCCUUCUCCCCGGACACCAUCCCAGGGCUGGCCCUCAGCAGCCCCACAGCAAGGCAGGGCUGCCCCCAGCCCAGCAAGGGAGAUACAGUGAAGAGAAGGGGAAAAAUGUAAAUGAGGCAAAAUGGUGACAGCUGGGUCCUGCUCUGGCAAUACUGCCCGGCAUAAAAAUACACUUAGAUCCAUGUGCAGGGAUCCCUCCAACUGUAGAACGAUUCCUCAUGGCAAACUGGCAUCUCUGAUGCAUUUUUUCUAUUGCUAGCACAUGCAAAUCUGGCACUUUUCAGUGUCCCUCCAAUGCCCUGUGAAGUGCUCCUGGCCCCCUCAGUCAUUCUGCUGCUCCCAAAAGGCCUGGAGACCCCCCCAUCCCAAAAUCUGCCUAUGAGCAGGAGAUCACGAUUAGGAGGUACCAACUUCAGGUACUUGUGCAUACAACAAAUGAAGCUUUCUGGUCUGAAAAAAACUGCUAAAUUUAAAUGGCUGUAAAACAGUAGGGAAAAAAUACCAGGUACCCUGUGCCUUUCCACAUGAUCCUUUUAAGUGGUGCAACCAUUUUUCUCUGCUUUGGAAAAAUGUAAUAUUAAGAAGUCUGCUUUAGGGAGGGAGGGGGAGAGAGAGAGAGAGAGAGCAGGCUCCUCCUUUUGCACUCAGAUGUUUUACAUAUAUCAACACAGUACUUAUUCCUGUAAGUUCUUCAGAGCAAGUACAAGCCAGAUGCCGUCACUAUCUUGUAUUCCCUCUUGUGUAUAUUUUAUCCAGCCAAAAUGACCAUUUUUCAUUAGGUUUCUCUACAAAAUACAUCCCUGUUUAACUCCCCACUAAUCAUGCAGUCAGGUUGUAUGGUAAUCAUGAAAAACAUGUAGCAUUUUAGAGGUCAUUCAAAAGCUGCUGCCUGGACAGAUCCCAUCCCUUUACCAAGCACUUCAGGAUGUUCAGAUUAACUAAAAUGAGACAGGUAAUGGCAGCCAAAGCCAAGAGAGCUGGGGAAUGGAGUGGCUGGUUGCCAGCUGUUGGAACUAGUUCUUAACUGCAUUUUAUGUUUGUCCAUCCACCUUCUUUUUAAUUUCUGUUGCAUAACUCAGUAAUGCAAUAUUGUUUUCCUCACCACUUCCAAAUCCAGAAUCCCAUUAGCCCGCCAUGUUCAUCCACUCUGCACUCCUUGGACACAAAGCUUUAACAAUUGAACUGUAUUCAGUGCAUUUUAAUAUAAACUAAAAACACAAUGCAAAUGCAAUACUUUUUAAAACAUGGUAUUUCAAAGUGUGUUAUUGUAUAGGGCUAAGUACUAUCUCAGUAUUUUGUGUCAUUUCUGUAUUCUGUGGGCUUUUCUUCACCUUAGCACCUUUGCACUAAGUUUUGUCACUGUAACCAUUUGUAGAACUGCCAUUGUUACAAUUUGCACUUAUCCAAAUGGGGUUUUUGGUUGGUU